AUGGGGGAUACUUCACGAAUUGAAUGGAUUAUUGAUAACAGCGACAGUUAUUAUGAAGUCCUUGGCUUAACGAAGACUGCAAGUGAAAAGCAGAUCCGCCAAAGCUACUAUAAACUAGCUGUUCAACUUCACCCGGAUAAAAAUUCAGAUAAUGAAAAAGCAGCGGAUGCAUUUCGUGUGGUUGCGAAUGCAUAUAAUGUUUUAAUGGAUCCACAGAGACGUAAAGCCUACGAUCACGGCGGUGUGGAUGGAGUCUCUAAAUUCGAAACUCUGCAAUCCCUCUCCUUCUCAGAAGUCGCUGAUGUGAUCGUGAAGCUUUCCGUCUCUGUGGUAUUGUGCGCUGUGGCACGGCAGACACACGCGAUAGAGUUAGUGUUGGAACGAUAUCCGUGGAUGGAAGGAUUUAUUCAGAAAACCGAAGAAGAUGAAUUCGCCAUCCACCGACGAUCCGAGCGGGCAAUGUUGAGACGAGUUGUACGAAGACGUUUUGCACUUUUUUUGUUUCUACUCAUUUCUAUUAUUUUGGGCCACAGUGUGUUGCAGUGGUUUCGUAAAGACACGGGGGAAGACCUACCGAUGAAUUCCUAUCAACAUUUAAGCCGUAGAAGGACAGACGAUGUAGGAGCCACAUUUCUCUGUAAUCCAACAGAGGACAAUCUCACAGGCGUAGGCACCAACACAACAACAACAACAACAACAACAGAAAAAAGAAGAGGUGUUCUUGUUUGGCGGCCCAGUGAUGUAAGUGAAGAGCACGCGAAAUAUUUGUGUAGCCGUUGGGUACGUGAGAUGUGUCCUCAGCAGCGGCAACUCGCGUGGGCAUCACGUGAACGGUAUGAACCAACCGCAACGCUGCGGGUGAAUCGAACGUUAAAGGCACCGCCAAGUCCGAAUCGUGCAGCAAAACACAAGUGGACAUUUAAGCGAUGGCGGCCGCGAUUUAUGGAAUCUUUUUCAGUGAAAUCACCUGAGGAGUUGUUUGUAGUUUCACCCUUAUGUGAGGCUUUUGGCUGA